AGGCUCUAGGGACGCCACCGGCAGUUUGCGAGCAGGAGUCGUUUGUGUAGGUUGAGUUUGUGUGUGUGCGGGUUUUCCAAUUACGGAACGUCGAAAAUUAAUUUCGAAUUUCUUGUAGCCUGCGACGAUGUUGAUACUGAAGUGACGCUCAAGCCAUCUUGGAAAUUGUGAAGCACAAAGUUGGUUAUUUUGUUUUCAUAACAAAGCGUACUUGUGAUUUGUGAGUUUCGUGUGCGCCGCUGAACAAGUUUUGGCCGUUGGAUUUCAACUUCAUUUGUGACGAAGGUGUUCCGAGCUGCGAAGUGAUAACUUGUUGAACUAUGAGUGCUCGUGUUUUCAACCCAGUCAACAUGUCAGAGAUGCGCAGGAUGCUGCGAGGUGCCGGAGGUGUGCCAGAGAGCGGGGUUCAGUCCCCGACUGCUGUGGGAACACUUCGCAGACCAGAUGGCGCAGCCAUUGCGAGGGUGCGUCGUACCCUGUUCGGUCCCGUUGACCACGAAGAUAUGCGUCGGUUUGUUGACCAGGAACUGGCCACACAACAGGCCCGGGAUGCCGAACGUUGGGGUUUCGACUUUGUGAACGAGAGGGAGCGAAGCGUUGGACCCGGAACUAAGCGGUACGUGUGGGAGAAGGUGAUGCCAGAAGACAAGGUUCCAGAACCGUACGCUCUGCGGGGCAUGGAAUAUCUUAGCAAAUGCGCGAUUCAUGGCGAGGUAGUGGCCGCAACGUCCGUGCCUGCAACGGCAAGCACCAAGCAGACAACAGUGACAGAUUUCAUGAAGAAAAGAAAGCGUGUGUGCAGUGCUGCCAACUCUCAAGCACUGACAAAGACAGCAGCAACAACAACAACAACAACAACAACAGAAUCAAAAAAGGCCAGAAUGAGCAACAGCUAGGGAUUUUGCUAGCUCGCUCACGUCUUAAAUUUAUCCAGGAAAGAAAGUGGAGAGAAGAGAAGAGAAGAGAAGAGAAGAUUGUUAAUUACGGAGAGAGAGAGAGAGUUGUCAAUAAGGAAACAUGCGACAGCAGAAAGUAAAAGAUCUCUUAUCUAAAAAAGUGUACAAUGUUAUAUUUUGUUUUUAAUUGUAGAUAUAUGUGCAACUUCAAACUUGUUGUACGUAAUUUAUUUUUAUUUUGUUUUCGUUUUUAUGUUAGAUUAUUUUUUCACUCUGAUCUCGAACAAUUGUACAUUGGAACUGUUACACCACAGCGUUCACUAGGAGGGCGAUGAGUGAACGCAACAAACAAGUUGUGUUACUGCUUUGUUCUACAGCUCGUGAAAUUUCUAAACAGAAGCUUGGUUAAGAGUGUUUUAUUUUGUAUUUAUUACGAAGUGUUCAAAAAUGAUGUUAUUACACAAAAUAUAUCUGCUUGACUUCUAGUAUUCUUUGCAAAAUUGUUCAGAUACACACGUUUCGUAUGUAACGCACUUUUAAGAACAGUUUGCAAACCCCCCCCCCCCCCCCCCCCAU